GCUCUCUCUCUCCCUGUGCCUACACGCCCACGGUCUCUGUGCCUACACGCCCACGGUCUCUGUGCCUACUCGCCCACGGUCUCUGUGCCUACACGCCCACGGUCUCUGUGCCUACACGCCCACGGUCUCUGUGCCUACACGCCCACGGUCUCUGUGCCUACACGCCCACGGUCUCUGUGCCUACACGCCCACGGUCUCUGUGCCUACUCGCCCACGGUCUCUGUGCCUACACGCCCACGGUCUCUGUGCCUACACGCCCACGGUCUCUGUGCCUACACGCCCACGGUCUCUGUGCCUACACGCCCACGGUCUCUGUGCCUACACGCCCACGGUCUCUGUGCCUACACGCCCACGGUCUCUGUGCCUACACGCCCACGGUCUCUGUGCCUACACGCCCACGGUCUCUGUGCCUACACGCCCACGGUCUCUGUGCCUACACGCCCACGGUCUCUGUGCCUACACGCCCACGGUCUCUGUGCCUACUCGCCCACGGUCUCUGUGCCUACACGCCCACGGUCUCUGUGCCUACACGCCCACGGUCUCUGUGCCUACACGCCCACUCCGUGACUAUCCCGAGCGCCCACACCCUCCCGGCUACCAGACAAACACGGGGCUCAAACAACAAACUCCCAGACCAAACACCAGAGUCAAACACUGA